CUAUGUCUGAAACUUUUUUUGUUUGUUUUUGUUUUUAAUGAUCAGAGAAAGAAAUGGAGGGGCCAUGCUUUGCCAAUAAAGAGGCUGAGGAGUGCUGUACUACAAUGGUGUCCGGAAAAGUUGCAGACAUUCAUACAGAACUGAAUAACAAGGAGAGGUACAUUGAAUCCUUGAAAACCGAACUUGGAAAAGCUAAGGAAUUGGAGGCGGUUUUGGCUGAGAAAGAAGCUUCAUUUCGUAAAUUGAAAAAGGAGUUGAUUCAGUUGCAAUCCUUCGAAUCUGAAGCAAUAGAUUUGUUGUCUCAAGGGAAGAAGAGAAUCCAUGAAUUGGAGGAAGAAAUCGAGAAGAGGAAAGAAUCCGAGAAGAAGAUAUACGAUUCCUUCGUUGCUCAAUCAGAAGAGUAUAAGCAAACCCAGAUUUCCCUCGAGAAAUCCAAGCAAGAAAUCAAGUUCCUCCUGGAAAACCUGGAGAAAUCCGAAGGUUCAUCCGAGGUUGCAUCACAGAGUUCCAUGGGGGAUGACCAUUUGGAGAAAGAGAGAGUUUGUUCAUUGAAGGCAAAGAGGUUAGCUGAGGAAGUAGACUCGUUAAAGAGUCAACUCAAAUCCACCAUUGACGCCGAAGAAAACAACAAAAAGGCCAUGGAUGAUUUAGCCAUGGCGUUGAAGGAAGUGAAUGCCGAAGCGAAGCAAACCAACGAGAAACUCCUUUUAACAAACCUCGAGCUCGAGAAAACAAAAGGGGAAGUCCAAAACUUGAAGCUUCAGCUGAGGAGCAUGGAGGAAAAGUACAUCGAAUCAAAGAAAGAAACCGAGGUAUUCAAAAACAUUUCGGAGAGAUUACGGGUUGAAGCCGAAGAAACCCAGUUGGCAUGGAGUGAAAAAGAGAAAGGAUUCGUCGAAUGCAUCAAAAAGGUUGAAGAUGAAAGGAAUGCAGCACAAGAAGAGAGCAAAGCAUUGCUUGAAUCACUCAGAGAAGCUGAAAACAUGAACAUAAAGGCCAGGGAAGAGAAUCAGAAACUGAGGGAUAUAAUGAAACAGGCCAUAAAUGAAGCAAAUGUAGCCAAAGAAGCAGCCACCAUUGCCAAGGAAGAGAAUUCCCAGCUCAAAGACACCGUUGCCAAGAAAGACGAAGCUUUGAGUAUCCUAUCGCAGGAGAACGAAAACCUUAAGAUCAACGAAGCAACAACAGUCGACAACAUCAGGGAUUUAAAGCUGUUGUUGUGUGAUGCAAACAGUGAAGCUGAUGAUCAAGAGCGAGGUAAGAAACAAAAAGCAGCACCUUUUCCAGCAGAUAAGGAUCAUAAAGAUGAUAAAGAACAACAGGGAAAGAAACCAAAACAUAAUAGAUCAAAAAGCGCUUGUUUGAACUUAUCAUUCCCGAAUUACAAAAACAAGGAUGCAGAUGAUGAUUCAAAGCUCCCAAACAGAGGAAGUUAUGUUUAUGGAGAUUCUGACUCGGAUUUCUCUGAUGAUCCACUUAAAGGCUCCAUUUUUUAUACUACGGUUAAAUCCCCAAAGACUCCUUCAACAUGGAGCUCAACCCAUCAAAGGAAAAAGUCUUCUUUGACAGAUGAUGAAGCGAUGAAUGGUGAGGAGUUUGAGCACAUGGAUACAAGCAAUUUCGAUGAAGAAAUUGAUAGGAGCUCUAGGAAGAAGAAAGCUUUGUUGAGAAGGUUUGGUGAUCUUAUAAAGAGAAAAAGUUUCAAAAAACUAGAACAAGGUUCAGAUUAAAAUGCUGUUGUAUACGAAUGUGAUUUUCGGUUUGUUUGUACAC